AUGUAUGCGGAUUAUACACAAAUCUUCGCUUCCUCUCCCAAUGCACACAGAUUUAUCGUGAAGCUUAAUUCUGAUCUCGCUGAAGUCCGAAAGUGGCACAUCAAGAACAAGAACGCGCUUACAGCGGCAUUCAUUCUCGCCUGCUUGGAGAUUAGAUCGAGAAAUGAGGAGGCGAUUAAUUCUACAAGAAACAUGAUUUACUCGCUAACGUUUUUUUACUUCCUACUUCAUCGACGUCGAUACUUUUUCACGUGUUAACGACGAUCAGAAAUACCUCUGCGGUAGCAGGCUAUACGAGUGUAUAAAUACACGAAAAUCAAGGGCGUCGAUGCCAGAGAAAUUACAUCAUUGUCAGAUAUCAAAAAGUGAUUUACAUGGCACGUCACUUCAAUCAACGCCGAAAAUAAAUCGCAUGCUCAUUUGCAUACAGUGACAAGCUGUUACGGCACGUACACGGUAGUUGGCGUAACCAUUAAAAGGGAAAUGGCCUUAUCGCCAAGUGAUAAAGAAGUAGCUAAUUGUUCUAAAAAACAUACCCAAUUCAAGACUAGAUUGCACAAACCAUACCCUAUUUCAGACCAAAAUGAUGGUCGAAAUUGAUACCCUAUAUUUCAGACUAAAACGGCAAAAAAAAAAAAAACAUACUCUUUGGCGCGGCACAUACCUAUAUAGCCUAUGUAAGGGACUACCCCCCUCCUUCCGGGCGAAAAACGCGUUGCAGGUUAUCAGUCUCGCUGCUUUCGCAAGCGAGACUAAUAAACUUCAAAUGCAUCCGUCUAAAUCAAAACUCUUGUUUAUUGGGUCCUCCUACAAUCUGAACAAUAAGAUAAGUGAGCAACCUGUUGUGCUGGGACUGUCAUGUCGAUUCGAUCUGUAG